UAACAUUGUGUCCCCUCCCUGUGUCUGCCUGUGCUCUCCUCCUUCUAUCAUCCACCCUAUCUCCCUUUUUUUUUCCUCCCCUCCCCUCUUCUCAGCUUUGCCUCUCACACAUCGAGUUGUGGAAGUGCUGGAGAGAGAUGAGUGCUGGAGACUAGAGGCAAUCUGUGUGUGGAAGUGGGGGGUGAUCUCACCAAUGGUCCAGCAGAACAGGAUGGCCAGGACCCCGUCCAGCUCUACACAGGAGAUCCAGAUGGAUGUGUUAGAGGGGCACAGCCUGCAGGCAAAAUAUAAGAGAAAAAGUAGAUUCAAACGGUCAGAUGGCAGCACCAGCUCAGACACCACUUCAAACAGCUUUGUGCGGCAGGGGUCUGCAGAGUCGUAUACCAGUCGCCCAUCAGACUCAGAUGUGUCCCUUGAAGAAGAUAGGGAAGCCCUGCGAAAGGAAGCAGAACGGCAUGCCCUUGCACAGCUGGAGAAAGCAAAGACCAAGCCUGUUGCUUUUGCUGUCCGGACGAAUGUGGGAUACAUCCCGGCUGCUGGGGACGACGCUCCUGUACAGGGAAUGUCCAUCAACUUUGAUCCCAAAGACUUCCUUCACAUCAAGGAGAAAUAUAACAACGAUUGGUGGAUUGGACGAGCGGUUCGGGAGGGCUGUGAGGUGGGAUUUAUCCCAAGCCCCGUGAAGCUGGAACACAUGCGAAUGUUGCAGGAACAGAAGAUGCGGCAGAGCCGGCUUAGUACCAGUAAAUCCAUUGGAAACUCCAGUAGUUUAGGUGAUGUAGUCAGUGGUACACGGAGACCAACACCACCAGCUACAGGUGGUCCCUUAGAAUCCCCUUUAGCUUAUGAAAUAGAUGCUGAAUUAGAAUAUGAAGAAGCAGAUCCUCAGGGUGCUCACCACACCCCCCACAACAGUUCUGGGAGCGUAACAACCCCCCCAGCUAGUACCAAACGUGCCCCUUUCUUUAAAAAGACAGAGCACAUCCCUCCAUAUGAUGUGGUUCCUUCAAUGAGGCCAAUCAUUCUAGUUGGGCCCUCGCUGAAAGGUUAUGAGGUCACGGACAUGAUGCAGAAAGCCCUGUUUGACUUCUUGAAGCAUCGCUUUGAUGGAAGAAUCUCCAUCACCCGGGUUACUGCUGACAUCUCUCUUGCCAAACGUUCUGUCCUGAACAAUCCAAGCAAGCACAAUAUCAUGGAGAGAUCCAACACGCGUUCCAGUUUAGCGGAAGUACAAAGUGAGAUUGAACGUAUCUUUGAGUUGGCUCGAACCCUUCAACUAGUUGCUCUUGAUGCUGACACCAUUAACCACCCAGCUCAGCUUGCCAAGACAUCGCUGGCACCCAUUAUUGUCUACAUCAAGAUCACUUCUCCCAAAGUAUUACAUAGACUGGUAAAAUCAAGAGGGAAAUCGCAAGCCAAGCAUUUGAAUGUACAGAUGGUGGCAGCGGAUAAACUGGCGCAGUGUCCUCCGGAAAUGUUUGACAUCAUCCUGGAUGAGAACCAGUUGGAGGAUGCCUGUGAACACCUGGCUGAGUAUUUAGAAGCCUACUGGAAGGCCACACACCCGCCAAGCAUAAACCCACCAAACCCACUACUGAACCGCACCCUUGCCACCGCAGCACUAGCUUCCAGCCCAGCCCCUGUGUCCAAUCUACAGGGCCCAUACUUGGUCCACGGGGAAUUGAGAUCAGAAGGAUCUGACCGGACAAGUAUGUACGAAGGACAGCUACGCAGAGGCCAGUUGGGCUCCAGAGUCCUUUCCCGGCACGACACACUGGAGUCGGAGACACAGGGCAGCCGGGAUUCAGCAUACACAGAACCAGGAGACUCCUGCAUGGACAUUGAGACUGAUCCUUAUGAGGACCCAGAGCCCAAAAGCCACGGGGGUAAUUUUCAAGGUGGCGAACAUGGGCAUCUGCAGCGUCAAGCCUCCUGGGAGGAGCUGGGUCCCGAUCAGGAGAACAUGCAGCAAAGGAGAAGAAGGGAGUCUCCUAGACCACAAGGAAAAAGCAGAGAUCAGUAUUGGCAUGAAGGCGAAGGCCGCAACAGGGUGCAACUGGACAGUUGGGGGAGAGACGUGUGCAUUCGUUAACAACUCCCAACCACAACACUUGGAAGAAAUGGUGAGGGUGUCGUACACCUCUGGCAUAACUCACGUCUGUUGUAUACUGCCAUCCUCCAAACACACACUGCUUUGACCAGCACAACUUUCCAAACACAACAACAUCACACAUUUGUCAUUCCUUCAAGUCUCAGCAAUUUCUGCACACUUCUUACAUUUAUAAUGAAUAAUACCAUUUAUAUUUUCUACUCCUCUCUCUUGCCAACAGCUAUUUGAUUUUAAUAUCUGCACUUCAGGGCUCUAAUAGAAACACUUGAUGUAAGUUGCUGGCAUUAUGAUGAACAAUGCCCUCAGAUUGCAGCUCUGCACUGACACUGACACUGCCUUGCCCCAUUCCUAAUAACAGGUCAUAAUCCUAUGAAUUGACUUGUAGAGUAUGAUGAUGAAUCAUAUCCACAUUGGUGCAACCUCAGUGCUGUAAAAUAGUUUUUUUUUACGUGGGGUAAAUAAUAUGUUUCUAUUGUGCCAGGGUGACCAGAUAUGUUUACAUUCUAGCGGGACAGUUUAGCAAAUUCUAAAGAUUGCAUAAAUCUUUUUUUCUAAAAUCAAUAAAGCAAAGUGUAAUAAUCCAUAGCAACAGCUCAGCCAGCACCUUUUGCUGGUCUAAGGUAAAAAUCUGGUUGCCAUGGAUUACCCUACCCCAGUGAUGGCGUACCUUGGCACCCCAGAUGUUUUGGAACUAUAUUUCCCAUGAUGCAGAGUGCAUGAGCAUCAUGGGAAAUGUAGUUCCAAAACAUCUGGGGUGCCGAUGUUCGCCAUCACUGCCCUACCCCUUGCUCUUUGCACUGCCUUAUUACAUUAAAUCAGUAGCCAAACGAGUAAAAGGAAUGGGACCUCACCUUUUUUUUAAUAUUGUCAUUUGAUUAAGUAUUAAAGUCACAUCAUAAGUGAACUUUAAAUUAUGUAUAUGUGCUAGUUUUGCACUAAAAUGCAAUUUGCAUCAUUUCUGUAGCAGCCGAUGAGGCAAGUGCAAUCCUUCUGAAACGAUGAGCACAUACAAUUAUCUGAUGUUGCAAGAUGCGGGUUCUUGGCCCAAAUGAAGACCGCAUGCGUUCAGGGCCAUGCACCCGCAUGGCUGUCGAAAGCUGUGUCUGUGCCGCCACUGUGUCUCAAUUGGCAUGAAUGGGACUGCCUGCACAAGAAUGCAUGGAACAACCUGUGCAUCCCCAUGCAGGAAAACAUGGCCCUCGCACGGGUGUACACUAUACUACGCCCCUCUGAACAAGGCCUUAGAAGGCAUGUUUUUUACACUGAUCACAUACAGUAUUCUGGGGAUUAACCAACAGCUAUGUAAUGCAAAUGCCUUCCUAAACAAUCCAUUCCAUUUACUGUAUAUACAAUCGGGUAGGCCAUUGCACUACGUAGCUCUUGGCAAAUUUAAAGAAGAUGGUACAAUCAGUUUGGCCAGCUUUAGUCUCUGCAUGAUAUUCGGCACUUGCACUAAGAGUAUGCAAACAUCAGAUGUGUUGUUGGACUGGACAAAAGAUCAUCUUGUAUUUGGCCACACACAUUUGCAUUAAAGUUCUUAAAAUUCAUUGGUUAUGCCUUUUUUAGUAGUAUCGGUAAUCUUUGGAAACCUUGACCUCACCCUCGGCAAAGCUUCUUGACUUAAUUUUACUGCACCCCUACUAUACAGUAUCAGUUCUAACACCCACUUCAUAACAGUACUGCCAUCUCAUGAAUCACACCAACACUGCCUUCUGAUACCCUCACUGCACUAACACUGCCUUCCACCCCUAGACCUGACAAUUGUGUCUGACCUCGUCCAUCUACCAUGUAUAAAGCAACUUCCUUCUUAGCCCCUUUUAUUGUCUGGCAUCUCAUUGCACUGACUCUUCUGCUCCCAGCUGUAGACGGGGAGUACGUUUUGCACAUCCUCCAACCUUUUGGACUCUCAGUGGUUUCUGUACCUCUACUGGAAUGUACAGUCAGGUCUACCCAGCCUGAUAUGGGGGUAAAUAGAGGGACUUUGAGUUGUUUGUGGGGGGAGAGGACAUCACACACCAUGUGCCAUAAAUGUUUUUUGUUUUUUUUGGGAGGCAAGAGAUCAUAAACUGAAUGUAUUUAACUUCCUCCAUUGCUGAGGGUCUACAACAACACUAUGUGCUGAACAAUGAACCACCAAGCUCAAGCCUAAACGGUAACUCUACCUUGUUCUCUUGUCAAGCCAAGAUGUAAAUCAUAAUCAAAUGCCUGUAUAAGUUGUGCCUGCAUCUAGUUAUAUAUUUGCCUGCAGCUUUUAUUAGCCAUGUUCAUUUAUUUAAAUUUCUAAAAGACUAUUUCCCCCAAAA